AUGGGCUGGAACCCGCUCGCUACUGGCAAGGGCGCCGCGCCCGAGCAUGUCACCGACGAGAUCAACCCGCCCACCCUCGACCCGCAGGCCGAGGCGGCCAUCCAGAAGUCCAAGGAGGAGAAACGCUUCCUCAUGAAGCUCGACAUCUUCCUGCUUACCUUUGGGUGUAUCUCUCAGAUCAUCAAGUACCUCGACCAGACGAACAUCAACACCGCCUAUGUCUCUGGCAUGUCCGAGGCGCUCAAGUUCGAAGGCAACGAGCUCAACUACUUCAAGACGUACUUCAACAUUGGCUACUGUAUCUUCCUCAUCCCGUCCCAGGUCAUCAUCACCCGUGUGCGCCCGUCCAUCUGGCUCCCGGCCCUCGAGUUCAUCUGGGGCGCGCUCACUGGCGUCAUUGCGGCCUGCAACACUAGCAAGCAGAUCUACGGCGUGCGCGUGCUUAUCGGCCUCGCUGAGAGCUCGUGCUACCCUGGUACUGUGACCAUGCUUAUGACCUGGUACACCCCCCUGGAGAUGGCCAAGCGCAUCGGCUUCUACCACUCGUGCCAGGCCUUUGGCGGCAUGAUGUCCGGGGCCAUGCAGACGGGCAUCAUCAGGAGCCUCGAGGGUCGCCACGGCAUCCAGGGCUGGCAGUGGACUUUCAUUAUCAACUGCAUCAUGACCAUCUGCGUCGCCCUCCUCGGCCCCUUCUUCAUCCCCGACUUCCCCGACAAGCCCAACAAGCUGGCCUUCUGGCUCACGGAGCGCGACUACGAGAUUGCGCAGGCCCGUCUCCGCCGCUUCCGCCGCGAGUCGCCCAACCCCAUCAACUGGCCCACCUUCUGGCGCAUGCUCAAGAACCCCAUGCUCUACAUCAUGAUCUGGAUCUACGUCGGCAUGCUGCUUGCGCAGAGUGCAGGAGACUAUUUCCAACUCUGGCUGAAUAGUCUUGUGCAUGAGGAUGGCAGCAAGGUGUGGACGAGGACGAUGCUCAACGCCAUCCCGCUUGGUGGCUACGCGCUCCAGAUCGCCGCGGUGUGGUUCUGGUCGUUUGCUUCCGACAUUCUCAAGACCCGCUGGACUAUUCUGCUCGCGCAGUGCGUCAUCGGUAUUCCCGGCGCUAUUAUCAUGACCGUGUGGAACGUACCCGACGCGGCCAAGUACUACAGCUACUUCAUCCUGUACUGUGUGGCGGCUGGCGGCCCGCCCCUCUGGGCCUGGCUCUCGGAUAUGUUGCCCUCGGACGCCGAGCAGCGCGCGCUCAUUCUCGGCUCGUGCAUCACCGCCUUCUACGCCAUCAACGCGUGGGCCAACAUCCUCAUCUACCCCGCCAAGGAGGCGCCGCACUACAAGUUUGGCUGGCCCGUGUCCCUCGCCCUGUGGAUCACCUGUGGCCUCUGGGUUGUCGGUCUGCGCAUCUACGACAUCAAGGUCGUCCGCCCGCGCAACUUCCGGGCCGCGCAGGAGGCGUUCGAGGAGGCCGAGGCCAACGUGCGCGACUCGGUCGAGUACAACGUUGGCGACGACAAGGUCGACGCCGACGGCAAGGUUGACGGCAAGGACGCCGUUCAGCGUGUUUCUUAG